UGACGACCAUUUCCGUUUAUUUAUUUAUUUAUUUUAUCUACACUCACGAAUAACACCGCACUCCGCCGGCGGGGAAAAAGCAACACCCGAUAGCGCCUCCAACGCUUCCAAAAUUUCCGAUCAUUUUCCCAUACAGAUAAGAUGUCUCUCUCAUUCUCCUCCUUCCUUCCUCCAGUUCCUCCCACUUACCUCAGCCGCCGCACUCCUCCCGGAAACCUCCCAGCCUCCGUCCUCCGCCGCAAUCUCAUUCCCCCUUCCGCCGCCGCCUCAGCCCCGCCGUCUCCCCGGCGACACUGGAAGCAAGGAGAAUUUCCAGGAACCACUUCAAUCCCGGACACCGCCCGCCGCCGCGCCCCUGUCAAAACCAUCAAGAAGACACUGGACCGCAGAGAAAACGCCAAGGCCUGGGCCAACACAGUUACCGAAGCCCUCUCCGACUCCAUAGCCAACAAACAAUGGCAGCGCGCCCUCGACGUCUUCGACAUGCUCAAGCAACAGCCUUUCUACCAACCCAAAGAAGGCACAUACAUGAAGCUGCUCGUCCUCUUAGGCAAAUCGCUACAGCCAGCUCUCGCCCACCAACUGUUCGACGAAAUGCUCCAACAGGGCAUCCCGCCCACCCCUGAACUCUACACCGCCCUCCUCGGUGCCUACUGCCGCAGCAACCUUAUCGAACAAGCCUUCUCCAUUCUCGACGAGAUGAAAUCGUCGCCGCAUUGCCAGCCCGAUGUCUUCACCUACAGCAUGCUACUCAAGUCCUGCGUAGAUUCAUCCCGAUUUGACCUCGUCGAUCAAAUCUACCACGACAUGGACCAACGCCUCAUUUCCCCCAACACCGUCACCCAAAACAUCGUCCUGGGGGCCUAUGGGAAAGCCGGUUUGUACGACCAAAUGGAGAAAGUCCUAUCUUCAAUGCUCGUCAACCCGAAUUCGAAACCCGACGUAUGGACCAUGAACAUAAUCCUCGCUGUGUUUGGCAACAAGGGUCACAUCCAGCUGAUGGAGAAGUGGUACGAGAAGUUCCGAGACUAUGGCAUCCAACCCGAGACUCGCACCUUCAACAUCCUCAUCGGAGCUUACGGUAAAGCCAGGAGGUACGAUAAGAUGUCAUCGGUGAUGGAGUACAUGCGGAAGAUGGAGAUCCCCUGGACUAGCUCGACAUAUAACAACGUGAUCGAGGCGUUUGCAGAUGUGGGUGAUGCGAAGAACAUGGAGUACACGUUUGAUCAGAUGCGUGCUGAACGGAUGAAGGCGGAUGCGAAGACAUUUUCGUGUCUAGUCGAGGGUUAUGCGAAGGCAGGCGUGUUUCAUAAGGUGAUUUCCGCGGUUCAGCUGGCAGCUAGGCUGGACGUGGCGAAGAACACAGCGUUCUACAAUGCGGUGCUCUCUGCCUGUGGGAAAGCAGGGGAUUUGCUGGAGAUGGAGAGGGUUUAUGAGAAGAUGAAGGAGGAGAAGUGUGAAGCGGAUGAUAGGACUUACGAGGUGAUGAUUGAAGCGUAUAGGAAAGAAGGGAUGAAUGAUAAGGUGUAUUAUCUUGAGCAGGAGAUGAAAGCCACUGGGAAAGGGUCGUCUGGGUAGUUCUGAACAUGCAUUGCUUCCAAUAAGGAUUCAGUUUCUGAACAAUACAAGCAAGCAACAUGCCAUGCUUGCUGUGGCAGAAUGAUAGCUUAGUUGCUUGAGGUAGUAAUUCACAAGCUAAAGUUCAAAUCUUGGGGUGCAGUGCUGGGGAGAAGGUGGUACAGAGUAAAAAGCCAGAUGAUGCAGAACUCGAAUCAACGGCAUCCAGAGACCAAAAAAGAAGCAAUGGAUCGAUGACAUGCUCUCGCAAGCUUUGCUGGAAAAAAAAAAAAAGAGUUAUGUCACACUUCACUGCAAUCAUCGUGUCGUGCGAGUGUCUUCCAUAACUGUGUACCAAGUUAAUCCAAGUCCAACUUUGGAGGAUUCAACUAUAGCUCAUAUGAUGACGUCUAUAUACCUGACCUGUAAUCUUUGAGGUUUGAUGUAUUAUUUAUUGUGUUGCGUUCAUUGUCUUGCUAAGAGUACUUUAAAUUCACCUUUGAUAUAUGAUCUACUUUGAUUAUUAAAAAUUAAUAAA